AUGUUGAGAGCUUGUGUUUUAGAGUUCAAGGGUUCUUGGGAGCGACAUUUACCUCUAGCUGAGUUUGCCUACAAUAAUAGCUUUCAAGCUAGCAUUGGGAUGACAGCUUUUGAAGCCUUGCAUGGGCAUCCGUAUAGAUCGCCUGUGUGUUGGAUUGAGGUGGGUGAUUCACCCAUGCUUGGACUAGAGUUAGUUCGUGAGACCACCAAGAAAGUGGCUCUUAUAUGCAAGAGGUUAGUUGCAGCUCAAAGUCGACAAAAGAAAUGGGUGGGAGAGGUAGCAUAUCGUCUUGCCUGGCCACCACAGUUAUCUAAGGUACACGAUGUGUUUCACAUCUCCAUGCUUCACAAGUGUGAGCCUGAUCAUUCCCAUGUCUUAGAUUGGACAAACUUAGAGGUGGAUGAGGGCACUUCGUAUGAAGAGAGAAACAUGAAGAUCCUAGACACCCGAGAACAAGUCUUGAGAGGCAAAACCAUUCCCUUAGUCAAAGUAUUAUGGCACCACCACGGGGUGGAAGAAGCUACUUGGGAACAAGAAGCUAAAGUACAUGAGAAGUACCCAGAUUUGUUUAAUGAUAUGUAA